AUGGUCUGGAAUGUAAGAGGUGCAGGGAGCAAAAAAUUCCCUGGAAUUAUGAAAGAUUUAGUUAAAAUUCACAAGAUUGAGAUUCUUGUUAUUUUGGAGCCUAGAAUUAGUGGCAACACUGCCCUCAAUGUUAUUAAGAAACUUGGUUUUUCUAAGUAUCAUGUUGUCGAUGCUAAUGGUUUUUCAGGGGGCCUUUGGAUGCUUUGGAAUGAGUUGGUUUCCUGCAUUGACAUAGUUGCCUACUCUAGGCAGUCUAUUACAGCUCUAGUUAAAAUGAAUCAUGGUGAUUGGCUUUUUACUGCAGUGUAUGCGCACCCUUGCCCUGGCAUUCGAAGACAAUUAUGGAGUUAUCUGGAUGGGAUUGCCUCAGCUUCGAACCUUCCUUGGAUGAUUGCUGGGGAUUUCAAUGAAUUGGUCAAUAAUUCUGAAAAAUGUGGUGGUAACCCCUUUUCUCAUCGGGGUGGGCUUGUGGAAUGGAUUGAUAGAAAUCAAUUGAUUGAUCUUGGCUUUAUUGGUGCUCAGUUUACUUGGUGUAGACAAAAUGAUAAUGGUGUCCUCACUUGGGAAAGAUUGGAUCGUGGUCUUUCCAACAUUGAUUGGAGACAUAAUUUUCCUGAGGCCUUUGUCAGACAUCUUCCUAGGGUCAAGUCUGAUCAUUGUCCUCUGCUGAUAAGCCUUCAGUCAUCUCACCUCCCGUGCGCUAAUGUCAAGCCUUUUAGAUUUCAAGCCAUGUGGCUCCUGCACCCUACCUUUCGGAGCUUUGUGGCUGAGAAAUGGGCUGAUUGUACUGGAAAUAUCCUUCAAAUAACUAAAGACCUUUCUAUAGCUCUUGUUGAUUGGAAUAAGGAUGUGUUUGGUAGCUUGUUUCGAAAUAAGAAAGUUUUGUUGGCUAGAAUUGGUGGUAUCCAAAAAGCUCUUUGCAGAAGAUACUCUCCUUUUCUAGUUGAUUUAGAAAAAGAUCUUGCCAGUGAUUACCAAGCUUUACUUGAUCAAGAAGAACUUUUUUGGCUGCAGAAAUCAAGGAACACUUGGCUGAGAGAAGGGGACCGUAAUACCAAAUUUUUCCAUCUGUCUACCAUUAUUCGUAGAAGAAGGAACAAACUGGAAGGCCUUACUAAUGCUCAAGGUAUGUGGACUAAUGAUAAAAAAGAUAUGGAAAAUAUCAUUGUUGAUUAUUUCAAGACUCUUUUUGCUGUUCAAACAAUGAGGUACUCUAAUGCUGAUCUUCCCCAGCUUUUUCCUAGAUUAGGGACGUCUGAGUUGGGUAAUCUCAAUUGUGAUAUUAAUCCUCAAGUCAUAAAGGAUUGUUUGUUCAGUAUUGGGAGCUUAAAAGCCCCUGGCCCGGAUGGUUUCCCUGCUAAAUUCUAUCAUGAUUUCUGGGAUCUCUGUCAGGGUACCUUUAUUGAGCUAAUUGCUGGUUGUUUUAGCUCUGCUAGCAUACCUGAUGCUUUAAAUGACACUUUGAUUACCCUUGUUCCGAAAGUGGCUAGUCCUAGCUCUGUUUCUCAACUAAGGCCUAUCAGCCUAUGUAAUACUUUAUACAAGGUGGUGUCUAAGAUCAUUGUUCAGAAACUCAGGCCUCUCAUGCAGAAGAUUGUCAGUCCUGCUCAAGCUAGCUUCAUCCCUGGCAGGCAGAUUGUUGACAACAUUAUUGUUGCUCAAGAGGUCCUUCAUAAAUUUAGAAAUUCUAAAGGUAAGAAGGGUUUCAUUGCUUGGAAAAUUGACCUCUCCAAAGCCUACGACAGACUUCAUUGGGAUUUCAUCUAUGAUGUGUUAUGGGAAAUUGGGAUUAGAGUGAGGUGGACUCUUGUAUUUGGCAGCAUACCUCCAAUGGUGAUUUCUCAGUGA